GUAAACGUCAUGUGAAUGUGAAUGUGAAAUAAAAAUGCUCCAAAACACCACAGACAGCACAGUUUAAUUUAGUUAGAUAAGUUGAGUCUAGCUUACUAUGAACGCAAAGUCUUUCUUCAAGUCUACCAAAGGCAAGGUUAUACUGACAACAGUUGUUGCCCUUCACAUCACAAUUUUUGUAGCUAAACCUUCGUUUUUCAAGGGCGAUAACAAUACGAAAACACAAACUUCAGCUCCUAAAUACUUACCUGAUAACUGAGUGACCUUGAACUUAGCUAAAAAGAGCACAAAAAACACGGAAUCAAUUAAGGAAAACACCAAGCCUAUUGAUACAUGAUUUAUAAAAGAGUUGCUGCAUUUUAUCGUAGAGUAGUCUACUGUAAGGAAUUAACAAGAAACAUGAGUGAAGUAGGAAAAUACAGUGUUUUUAUCACUCGAUCUGAUAUGCCUGAUAUUGGAGUAAACCUAUUGAAAAAAGAGUGUAAUGUUAAACUAUGGGAGAAACCUUCACCAGUUCCAAGAGCAGAAUUUCUAAAGGAGGUAGCUGGUACAAACGGCAUUUAUUGUGCUUUGACAGAUAAAAUUGACAAAGAACUAUUGGAUGCUGCUGGACCUAACCUAAAAGUCGUUGCCACUAUUUCAGUAGGCUAUGAUCAUAUAGAUGUUCAAGAAUGCAAAAGGAGAGGAAUCAAGAUUGGAUACACUCCUGAUGUGUUAACAGAUGCUACAGCUGAACUAACUCUUGCCUUACUUCUUUCUACAUCUCGACGUCUUCCUGAAGCUCAACGUGAAGCCAGAACUGGAGGAUGGGUCUCUUGGGCACCAACAUGGAUGACAGGGCCAGGCUUGGCCGGUUCUACUGUUGGAAUUGUUGGUUUUGGUCGAAUAGGCCAAGCAGUUGCCAGACGGGUAAAAGCAUUUAAUACUUCAAAAAUCCUGUACUACAACCGCAGUGAGAAGCCAGAAGCUAAGGAAACUGGAGCAGUUAAAGUGAGUUUUGAUGAACUCCUAAGAGACAGUGACUUUGUGAUAUGCUGUGCUGCUCUAGUGUCAGAAACCAAAGAGAUAUUCAACAAAUCCGCUUUUGACAAGAUGAAGAAUACAGCAGUUUUCAUCAACACAAGUAGAGGUGGGACAGUUGACCAGGAUGCUUUGAUUGAAGCUCUAAAAACCAACAAUAUAAGAGCAGCGGGAUUAGAUGUCACAACUCCUGAGCCACUGCCUUUAGACAGUCCUUUGUUUAAGUUGAAGAAUUGUGUGAUACUACCACAUAUUGGGAGUGCUACCAUCGAAGCCAGGAAUACCAUGAGUGAACUAACAGCUAAUAAUAUCCUCACUGCACUGAAUGGUAAAGAUAUGCCAGCUGAAUUAAAAUAGAUGAAAGUAUACUUCUACAGCACAAGUUGUGUUGUAUACAUACAAAGG